GAAGGUCGUGCAGAGAUCUGUCGUUCAUUGAUGCACAGCGAGUUCUUUGUGCAAGAUGUAUGAAUGUUUUUUAGAACGUAAUGUGCGAGGUUAAUCGUGUUAAAUCAUACAAAGCGUUAUUUAUUACAAAUAAUUAUAUAUAUUUUUAAUUAUAAAUAAAUAAGUCCUGUUAUUAAGUCCCGAGUUGGUGUUCUGGACGGGGUUUCGAUCCAACAUGGCUGAGCCUGAGAAUGAAGAGUUCACGGAUAUCAGUGGAAAGCCGAUUAAAUUAUCCUGCCAGAGAUAUUCUCCUUUCUGUAGAGAGUUCACUGUCAGCUCUGCAAAACUGUCUCUACUCCGGGUGAUGGGCUUCACCUGUACCGUGUGGCUGCUCGCGUACGCUGCCUUUUACCUCACACAGAACACGGCGGUUCUGUCCAGCGCCAUCUUCGUGACUUUAUCAGGAAUGCUCCUGCACAUCCACUUUGUAAAGGUGGACCACGAGACGCUGCUGGUCGUCGGCUCACUCGGCGUCCAGCUGUCCUCUGCUUACGCCUCGGGCCGGGAGAGCACCACCUUCAUCGAGAUGAGCAGGAUCAAAGACAUCGUCAUUAACGAAGCCAUCCACAUGCAAACCAUCAUCUACUACCUGUGCAUUUUGCUCAAGGAUCCUGCAGAGCCUGAUGGAGUCGGCAGCAUCGUCCCGCUUUUCCAGAGUUCGAAGCCGAGGCUGAACUGCCUGGUGCGGGUCUACAGGAGCUGUCAGGAGGUAAUGGGACGGACACAAUGAUGGGACGACGCUGACGGAGGAGCUGCAGGUUUAAACGCCAGCGUGUCCCGUCCUGCCGCAUGCUCCGAAUAUCUCUGCACUGACUCUCAGAUCUUUCUUUCUGUUUCUCUUCAACAGGAAACUAUUGUGGGGAAAAAAACAGAUUUUGAAAUUCCCCUUUUCGACUCUCCAUGUGAACCGUGACUCCGACUUAAAGCUGUUUCUCGCUGUGUCCAGGUGAUGCGUAUUAAAGAUUCGCAUUCUGAUUGGUCGGAAGACUUGAUUAGUUUUCUCUAAAGCCUAGGUCACAACCGGACGUACGAUUUUUUUGGCCGUGCAAUUUUUGGCGUUUCCCAAAUCGAUGCGUUUUUUUUUUUUUUGUUCAUGGAAAAAGACGCGCGUUGGCCAUAAGUUUGUCUUGCAAUCUGAAAAAAACGUAAGCACCCGUAGAGUUUGUUUGACAUGACAAAGAACCUCUGCGGCCGGUCUACGGCUCGAAAAUCAGCACGUCACACGCACGCCCUCCGUGCGUUUCUUGCGUUUUUUGCACGUAGACCGGUUGUGACCGAGGCUUAACAGCAGCUCUGACGGUUUUUUUUUUUUUUCAUUUGUUUUUGGUCUGUUGAGGGAUCGACUGUUUGUUUAUAGCAACUUUUUGAACUUGCUUUGCGGAUGUUCCACAAGAUUAAACGUAACCGGAAACGGAUAAAAAAAUUUGUGAAAAAGGAACGCCGUUCUAGAAAAUCAAUCAACUUCACAUCCAGCAGGACGUCCUGUGAUGCGUGAUUAAUUAAAAAAUGAAUCCUCCGUACGUUCAAGCUGUAUUUAUACAUGAGAGCAAAAGUUUUUGCGCCCUGCCUUGAGCACUUGAGUUUUUUUAACGCGUUUCAGGAAGGUUUACUCGACAGUAAAAUAACGCAUUAGAUACAGGUACUUCUGAAUGUGUGAAUUUUUAUUUUUCUGCUAAUUUCUUCCACGUCUUGAUGUGAAAGAUUUUUUUUGUUUCUGUCGUCUUCUCCAGCUCUGUGGAAAUCCAUCUUGCUUGAGGGUGCGUAAGAGCCGUUUUCCUGAUUCUUAUCUCCACUGCUCAUAUUAAACACGCUCAAGAGUUUCAGCUCGUUGACCUUUUCCUGCUUAAAGCCUUCCGAAGUCAUUCAAACACCUUCAUCAGGAUUUUUUUUUUAAAAUAAAUUCACCAGAUCUCGUCAGCCAGCAUGCAAGUGCUGUAAUACAGCACAAAAUCAGAAUAUUUAAUCAGAAAACACGGCUGAAUUAUUUAAAUUGUUAGAGCGGCGGCUACAAUUAUCGACAGUCCGUAAUUAUCGACGCCUUUUCAGAUUUACCAAUAAAACAAUUUUACAAAGCUGAGUUUCAGUUCCAACAGUUAUUAUUGGUUAAUUAAUCAACCGGAAGACCCGCCCCCUCACCCUUUGAUCUUGUCGUCUGAUGACACAGCUCGUUACCUGAGAUGGAAUUUUUUUUCGCACGAUCAGCGAUUUUUUCGGAAAACCCGGACGUUAUCAUCGCAGGUAAGCAUGGUGGAAAGAUCAUGGACAUGUUUUUACUCAUCAAGUUCACCGAUAUUUCAUGAUCUCCUCGUCCAAACCUACUUUGUUUCUCACUCUUUCAUUCGACAGCCGCCAUUUUGUAUCUAAACGCGCGUUUGAGAAGUCACUCAUGUGAGGUGUCGAUAAUAGUGAUCGCUUUCCACUAACGGUGUCCACCAUUAUCGACACCCUGUGGGAUUAAGGGACAUUUACAACUGUUAUGGAUCGAUCUUUGUGUAACAUUGCUGAAGUAGAACAAUGAAGUACUUUAAAAAAAUAAAAUUAGGGUUUUUCUUUUUCUGAUUCAUAACAGAAUGGAAUGUUUAUAGAGUAUUUGGAAUCCGAUUGCAAUGAAUAGAAUUAGAGCAGAAUUAAAUUCCGAGCAUAUAAAAAAAUUACAUGCUUGAAAUAUUUACUUUUUUUUUUGCAGUUUGUUGUAAAUCUCGACCACAUAUUACAAUAUCAGGAGACAUUUUAUAUUUGGGUUCGAGGAAUGACAUGCGACCUUUGACCUGGAUGUUCAUGCGGUUACAGUGUCGAUUUCCUGUUGACAUUUAUUGGUAAACGACAAAACUAGAAAUUAAUACAAACAACAACGAAUGAUGAACAAAAUGUGAUCUACGAAAAUACUGAGAAAGUGGGUAGAAAGUGGAACAAAAAGAUUUUCUGACGCAGGUUAAACAUUAUCAGUUCAUUUCUUUACAAACACUAGAAUUACUUCCUCAUUUACAUAAAGCACCGACAUCCAGAUAUUUAUAUAAAAUAUAUUUUGUACUAGGGGCGGCACGGUGGUGUAGUGGUUAGUGCUGUCGCCUCACAGCAAGAAGGUCCGGGUUCGAGCCCCGUGGCCGGCGAGGGCCUUUCUGUGCGGAGUUUGCAUGUUCUCCCCGUGUC